AUGAAGAAGAAGAAUGAGUACUUGCAAACAAUUCCUUCUACUUUUCCACCGUUAACAAAUGUGUUAAACGAGUAUUCAGAGCGUUGUCAGAAUGUUAUGAAAUGUGCAUCCAAGCUGGAGUGUUUCAAAGGAAAAACGGACAGAGAUGUUUUCAAAACAUCUUGCGACGAUGUGGGCACAAACCAAUAUAUGUUUGAUAAUAAUUGCAUGGUAUACUUUCUGAGAGAAGUUUUUAAUGGUAGACAUAAUUGCACAGAAGGAUUAGCUCCAGGAAACUUGACAAGUCAAGUUUUCAAAUAUGAGAAGCAAUGCUUCUUAAAAAUAGUCGAAACCAUCUGCCACCCGGAAUACUUCAAUUUUUUCCAAAAGAAUUAUGAAGAUGUUGUAGAAUCUUACACAACUAAACCUGCAGUUGAUGAUGGGUUCUGUGCGAGUCCCAACGACAAAUUCGAAAGAUUGCAAUGUGAUACUUAUGCUCUUGAUUUGAGAUCAAUAAUGAUGAAUAUGACAAUUCUAUCUAUAGCCAAUCAAUCAAGCUCAGAAAUUGUGUUAGAAGUGGUCAGAAAUAUGCAGAAAUGUACAGAUAAUAUUUGCUUGCUACUUUACAAAGAGGAAAAGAACAAGACCAAAGAACUCAUUCACCGAUUCGAAAAGUUCAUUACGAAUCUCACCGAAGUCUUUAUGCGGCGCCCGAGAUUGUUGGAGUUCAAGUGUCUGGAGAACAUCCUUUUGAUAGACGUUUUCGACGAUUUUGGCUAUUGUAAAAAAAUAGAAAAAAAUUGUUUAAUGCCGAUAAUUUCGAAAAUGUGUCAGGAGGAGAUAUUGGCGGAUUUUGAGAAUUUGGAAGUUUCUGUGGGACCAAGGAAGGAAGUGUAUAAUAGUCCGGAAUUUGAGUUUGCAAUGUUGAGAGACAAGAAGAAUCAUCGGAAAUUUGUUAUUACUAUGAAAGAUGAUAAGUUGGUUUGA